AUGGCAGAUGAAGAAGAAGAAUGGCGAUUCCCCAACCACUAUUUCCAAAAAUGCUCGCAACUCGUCGGCUUAAUUGCAACUCUCGUCUUCCUAUCGAUAGUUAUCUACACUUUUCUGAAAUCACCGAAAAUCUAUGCGCCUUCUGGUAUUAAGGAGUGCGAGCGUGCCGUCUACAGAGCGCAAAUCGAAAUGGAUCACAUCGAGUUCGAGGAUUACGUCUCUCCCGACUUCAAAGCUCAAUUUCCUCGCUUCUUCCUGGUUCAAUAUAUAAUGGACGGUGUCGGACCGGAUGAUAAUUACCCAGAAAAACGAAAAGUUCGCGCGCCACAAAAACGACGCGAAGUCCCCGUAUUCAUCACUCCCGGUCGUGGCGAUUUGGUGGAUAGUCAUCUAUUACUCGCGAAAAUCGUCACGGAUCUCACAGAGCGCAAGGAUUAUUACUUCCGCUUCUAUGCUGUUCAUUUGCACGCUGAAGCGGCGCACUGGUCAUGGCCACACUAUCGGCGAAUCCGGCUGUAUACUGAAAUGGCGUAUGAUUAUGUGCAGAAAUUGUAUCCGGGACACAAAAUGAUAAGGAUUUGUCAUGCGUUCGGGGGCCCUGUGGGGUUUGCUAUCCCAAUGUCUCAGUAUUCGAUGAUUGAAACAUAUGAGAAACUCAAUCGCGACCCUGCUGAUCUACCGGAUCUUUUUAUUUUCGAAUCUGUACCCACGGAUCUUCCUGGGUACUAUGAAAAGCCUAUGCAAGAGAUGGUGAGGCUUAGUUCUAGAGAUUGGGCGAAAAAUCAAGCCAACUACUCGCUCGGAAUGGUUUCAUUCGACGCUGGCUAUGACGACACCACUGUUGAUCCAUCUUGGCUGAAACUCAGAUAUUUCAGUCCGAUACCGGUUUGGACGAUUGACGGGGUACCGGAUAACGGGUUGACGACGGAGAAUAUGCUCACUUGUAAACCGGUGUUGAGCCAGAUCGCCGAGCUUUUGAUUUCAUACGCUGAGAAACAGGCGAAUGAGACGGGAGCUUCGAUUGCGAAGGCGUUUUAUGAGAAAUGGGAGAAAAAGAUGCAGGCGACGUUGCCGGAUGGAUGGGAGAAAGAUCCGAAAGAUCCGAGGGCUGUAUUAACAUACGGGAUGAAAGUUCAAUUUCCCUUCAAUGAAACCAUCUGGUUGGAUAUAUCUACAGAUCGAGCCGAACACUUUUAUUUGAUGAUCACUGGAUCCUGCUUGUCAUCUGCUACUCUGGUCCGUCAAAACAAAUACGUCAUUCGAAAAGAAAAACAGGUGGACUCGAAUCUUAUCGAAUUUGGAAUUUUUCAAGUGAAAAAGUUUGAACCAAUGAAAUUAUUACUGGAAUCGAAUGGCGAGUGUAAUGUGGAGAUUUCGUACGCUCCUCACUGGUUAAUCGUCGGCAUUCAUCGCUUUUAUUAUUCAGUCGUCACCGAUCCUCACUAUUUCUGGGUUGGCGCUCAAAUUGUGUCAAUCUAUUUGUUCGUUUUGGAAAGUGACAGACGAUCAUUCCGGCUGGAACAUCACUUUUAUUUAUAUAUUGCGUUUAUGCUGGCUGUUAGAUAUCAUAUGUUCGAUAGAUUUGGAUUUGAACGAUCUGGAGCGGGAAUCGUUCUCGGUGGUGGUUUCGCGUUGACGCUGCACUAUUUUGCCAGUUUUGUCGAUGAAUUCUACUUUAAUAGGCAUUUAAAACGGAAUCUGGACAGCUACACAACUCCCCAUUAUCGGAACAACUUCUUCAAAUAUAUGAUAAUUUCUGUCAUUGCCCAUAUCCACUCAUCGUCAGUUGGUGCCGCCGUCGCCGUGAUUCUCUUCAGUGUCUCAAGUCGUCUAUUCCUGACCGUUCCAUUCAUCCUCUCUCAUCUUCCCAACUUCUACGCAGCCUAUGAUUCCUCGGCGGCUUUCUCACCGGAACGCCGUCAGAUUUGGGUUGGAUGCGCCAUGUGUGUCACUGGAAUUUGUGCAAUCGGACAUUUCGCCUCGUCGCAACGAUUGGCUCCACAAGCGACUCGAGAAAUUGUGCAUGCCUUUGCGUUUGCCUGUUUCAUUUGCCAGAUCUUCAUGGCACACAAAGUUUUGGAUUUUCACUACGCGACGGGAUUCUUCGUGUUGGCAGUCAAUCACUACGCGCCGAACCAUGUGCCGGACGCCAUUUUUCAGAAGAAUCUGGAUUUGAAUCGAUUGGAGAGGGAAUAUGAAGAGCUUGGAGACAAUCUGGAGAGGAGAAUUCGACGAAGAUUUUGA